AUGGGUCGUAAGAAGAUUCAAAUUAAACCAAUCAAAGAUGAAAGAAACCGUCAAGUCACAUUUUUGAAACGAAAGUAUGGACUUAUGAAAAAGGCCUACGAACUUAGUGUACUAUGUGAUUGCGAAAUUGCAUUAAUUAUUUUUAAUUCGAAUAAUAAACUUGUACAAUACGCGAGUACAGAUAUUGAUAAGAUUUUAUUAAAAUAUACUGAGUACAGCGAACCUCAUGAAAGUAAAGGGAAUCAUGAU